CAAGUACUUGUCCUCUCUCGGACUUGUUUUGAUCGCGUUCCAUUUUUCUAUUCCACUUUGCUUUUUAGCGUUUACUUUUUUUUGUCGAACGGAUUUUCAUCUCUCGAGAUGAUCUUCCGAGGCAUCGUGUCUGCGAUGGUCUUCGUGGCCAUCGCGUCCGCCUCUGUGAUCCACAUGCCGGACCCCAUCACCACGCCAGAUCGAUUAGGUUAUCAAUUUUCUAUCCGUGUUUUGAAUAUUAUUAUUGUUUUCGCUAUUAUCAUAAAUAUUUCCGUUAGAAAACAAUCCUGCGAUGAAAUCCUGAAAUCGAUGGAAGCCGAAGCCUCCGAAUUCCCCAUCAUUCAAAUUCCUACUAACGGAGCUACACCCUCUGCUACCAACGAUGGUAUCCAUGCAUUCCACUGCUGCCAAACACAGAGAUGCAAUGGAAACCAAUCAGGUCCAGCAGAGGGUUCCGUAAAAUCUGCCCAAGCCGUUUUAGUUGCCGAAUUGAAAAACACUGUUGCAUCCCAAGUGAUUCCUCUUGGGGUGCAAAAUUCUACAGUGGGGGUGCCUUGGACCCCCGCUGUAGAAUCUUCGGUCAACAACGCAGAUUUACCWAACAACAAAUCGGAGAUCAAUAACAUAGAAUUAUCCAACACUAAGAAAAUGAACGCAUCAACUUCAGACUUGUGGCACUCAUUCUUCUCUAUGGGUCAACCAAAUGCCCCGUCCGCCUUGCAAUCGGAUAACAGCUCCGAGAUAGCCACAUUCAUUGAUGCAACCACUCCCGCUAUUCCUGCUGCGAUGCCACCAACAUCACCCGUGGCCGUACCAGACAACCAGGAGAUUACCCACGAUGGCACCGCCAGUCAUUUGGAACACGUAGURUCCAAACGUCAUGACCGCCCAAAGGGUAUGUAAAAUAACACGUUGUAUCGCCAAUGUGGUUGUCUAAGUGUAUAAUAUUUAAAUUUAAUAAAACUUUAUAUUUGUUGUUGCUCUGACGUG